ACGAUGACGAGCUGCUGGGUGAGGACCUGAUGACGCCAUCUGACUCUUGAGGGAGUCGUCGGAGUGAAGAACACCGGUGAUGACAGUCCCAGACGAAUGAAGUUCACCGUUGUGACACAUGGAGAUGAAGUUAAUACGACGAGGAAACGCACACACCCAUCAUCCAGGAGUAAUGUCGAAGCAGAUCCUCCACGACGCCCACAAGGACCACCCCCUGGUGCUCCGCCGCGUCGCCGGCGCUGGCUUCCGCUGCAAUGGCUGUGGCUGCAACGGGACGGGCUUCCGCUACCGCUGCGACGCCUGCGACUUCGACCUGCACGAGCUCUGCGCGACGUGCCCGCCGACCACGCUCCUUCCCAUCCACGGCCAGCACCCGCUGACGUUCGAGCCGGCCGUGGUCUCUGACGAGGGUCGCUUCUGCCACCUGUGCGAAACGGCCAUCGAGGGCAUGCACUACCGCUGCCGCGCGACCGACUUCGACGUGCACCCUAUCUGCUCCCAGCUGCCAGCCGUGGCCGUCUCGCCGUUGCACCCGGAGCAUCUCGUCGUCCUCACCGUGGCCCAUCCAACCAAGUGCACGCGGUGUAGCGACGUCUGCUUGUGGCGCUACCGGUGCAAUCCCUGCGGGGUUAACCUACACCCCAGGUGCUUGCUGGGGCCUGACAAGACGCCGCUUGGCAUUCCCAAAGACAGCCUGUUACGCGGAUUCUUCUUGUGAUGAAGCAUUCGACUUGGAUUGAGGCAUUGAGCGUGCUGAUGAGCGAUGAACUCCUGAAUCAAAUGGUGAUGUCUACAGUCUAGAGUAUACCCGGGUGUGAGUGAGUUGGGUCAUGGGGUCAUGCGUCGUGUCUGGUUGGUCAGCUACAUGUUCGUCACCUCCAUGUUUGUACUGCAGCUGUUUGUGCACCGAUUCAGCUCAAGUUUGAGUUACUUUGCUAGAAUAAGUCUAUAGUUUGAGUUACUUUGCUAAA